AUGGCAAACUAUUCAACAUUCAAGAACAAUGAGAACAAUGUGGUAAAAUCAGAGCAUGGUAAAGGGAGUCCAAUUUACCUGGACUAUGUUGCUUUCAACUUAACUGUUCCAAUCAUCUCUCUCCCUUCUUUGAAACCUCACAUGACAAGUUUGGUGGGAGGGGGGUCCUCAAAAUUUGUGCGUAGCUGCCGAUGUUGGCAAGCUGGCUAUGUUAUGCCCAAUGCAGAGUGGGUGGAUAAGGUUGCAAAUUGA